AUGCCACCAUGCGAAUUAAUAUCAGCAUCUAAUGGGGCAUCUUUUCAACUUUCUGAUUUAUAUUUCCCCAGUUUCCUGGAUUUGAAGCAGUUUGUGGGGGAGACGUUUCAUAUUUCGGUAGAUGACAUUUUGUUGCUACUUUCUUAUGGAAUAAUAUUGAAGAGAAGUCAAUGGGAUUCGACGAAGAUACGAAGCGAAGGUUUGAAAUCGAUAUAUGUGUUUGAUCGGAAGCUUUUCAAUGAAGAUAUAGAGCUAGCUGUUGAGGAGAGAUUCCGGCUUUUCAAGCCUUUGGAUUCGCCUAUGAGCGAUUUGUCAGAAGUGGAUAGAAAUAUUGUUUUAAGGAAUAUGGGAUGGUUGAAGGCUCUCCAAUCGGAUGUGGAAUUUUUUCAGCUAAGUAUUGAGCAAACGCGGAAGGAGGUUCAGAACAUGUUGGAUUGUGGUGUUGUGAUGCUAGAGUACUUGAAGAAUUAUUGUCAUGAGGUAGAGACGUUGUACAAUUCGCAUGUUGGUUUUCUUAAUAAACUUCAUGAACACAGUGCGUCCAGUCAGUGGCGCGAGGUGUACGAUUCAGUAUUGGAAGCUGUAAAGAUAGACCAGCAGCGUUCCUUAGCGUCAUUUUUCCAGAUAGAUGAGUUGAAUCAAAUUGAGGCAAAGAUUCGCCACACGGAUCACGAACUGAACAUGAAGUUGAAGGAGCUGAAGAAAACUAUUGACACCUGUUACCAACAUCGGAAAACCCUUGUGUCUGAGCUAGAGAACAUUAAAAGCAUAUCUGUUGUCUCUCCUGAUUGCAUGGAUAAACAAAUGACUGAUAAGUUCAAUGAGAUGGCCCAAGAAUUGGAGGCGGCCUCUAACGAGUGGGUCCAGAACUCGGAGAACAAUGAUCAUAUCAGCGAGAAGGUAAAACAGAUGAAAGAUUCCCAUAUCCCAAAUUUACAAACAAUCUCGCAAUCCCUUUUCAAUAAAGCUUCGAAAAUUAUAGAAACGAAAACGGAUAUGCAGCGACAGUUACGCUCAUUAUAUAUUUCUGUUGCAAAGUCGCAGAUGGAUAUCAUAGAAGUAAAGUCGACUUUAACCAAAGAUAUGAAAUCAGACAUGAAGCUUUUGCAAACUUAUGAGCUUCAGUUAUCUCAGGUGCUCGAUUUACCAAUGUGUUAUGGGUUAUACUUAAUCGAACUAUACAGACAGCAGCUGUGGAUGGAUAAUUAUACCCAUAUCAAAGACCAACACGAAUCUGCAUUACAGGUAAUGUUACAGGAGGAAAUCCAUCAACGGAAAAUGUGGUACAGAGACUUCCAAUGGAUAUCUAAAUUUUUGAAAGUCGACCAAUCUUUACCUUCUACCGUGUCUAUUACCCCAUUGAAGGCGCUGAGACGUGUUGAUUUGUUACAAAUAAACGAAUACUUUAACCAGCUUUCUUCCGCAAAAGUGAGCGAAACUACUCUUAAUGUCCUAAAAUCAAAACUUUCACAGGCUGAAAUGGAUAAUAUGUUACCUGAAUUAUCAGAACAAUCCUCAAAUGAUACAGGGGCAGCCAUUGAAGGUUACAAAUCUAGAAUAAAAAAGCUAGAGAAUCUACUUCUAGAUGCCCAAUUUCAACGAUAUGAUUCAUGGCCAUCUGGGAUUCUGAAUAAAGAAAUUGCGAUGGUUCAAAUGUUUCGGAAUAACACAUUGAAUAAUAAGGUACAGCGGUCCUCGACUGAUGAUAUAUCAAAUUCAAUACAACAAAGUUACAGUAAGACAUUAGGGGAUGUUCAAAAUCUACAAAAGGCUAUUUCCGAAUACUCUGGGUUAACAGAUACACUAAAAGAAGAGCUCUCCACAUUAAAAAGUCAAAUCUCAAAUAUGGAAGUUGAGAAAAAUGCUUAUAAGGAAUCCAUGGCAAAUUUGAAUAAAGAAUUGUCCAAUUUAUUGAUAAACCGGGAAAAUUUCCAUACUGAAAUGAUGGAACGUUCUAAUGACUUUAAGAAACAUCUAGCUUUAGUUGGUGAAGAAAAUGAACAGUUAACCAAACAAAAUCAACAAUUAUCAAAUGAAAUUAUUGAAUCACAAAAAAAGUAUGAGGAACUAAACAAGAUUAAAGACGACCUUUUAUUGAAUAUGGCUAAUCAAGAAACACAGGCAGAACAAGAGAGAGCUGCUCUGCAAGAAGAAAUAGAAUCUCUAAAAAAAGAAGUAGGUCAAUUACAGAUGGCGAAAUCUUCGUUGACAGAAUCAGAAGAGUUAUUGGGUAUCAAUAAACAGCUAGAAAAAACUUUAUAUGACGUGUUUCAAGGUAGCAUUUUUCUAUUGGAAAGUAUCGGUUUGUUACUCUCUAAAGAUAUUGACGGUAAAUUCCAGAUUGUGCGGGUGAAAGGUUUAAGAAAAGAUUUAGACUCGAGUGUGAUUGAUAUGAAUGGCUCAUUGGUAAAAAGUGUAGUGUCUCAUGAAAUAAAAGACACAUUUGAGUCUAUAAAAGACUCCUUGGACUAUAAACCUCAUGAAAACUUCAUAUCCUAUACCGAAAAGCUCUUCGGCAACCAAUUGUUUGAAAUGGCAGUUAUUCGCAGAUUUAACGAUAUAGAGAGUUUGGCCAAGAAGUUGAGAAAGGAGAAUAAAAACAAAAAGAUUCUUCUACAAAAGUAUACUAACGAUAAAAUCACAAUUAACAAUUUCCAGCUUGGAGAUCUUGCUCUUUUUUUACCUAUUAAUGAUCAAGAGUUACUUUUAAACUCAUCUGUUUCAUCAUUGAAUUCAUCUUUCUCGUCCAUUGAUUUAAACUCCUCCACUCAAUCCAUGAUUCCACCACGUGUGAUUCCGAACCGUGUAGAGCCGGCUUCAAACACAAACAACAGUAAUCCAUCUUCUGUUCCGGAAGAUAUGGGAUCACCAAACAUGAAUAGAGUAAAUACUAUGGGCAACGUCAAAGUUAACGCCAACAUUGGCAGCAAUAACUCUAAUAAUAACUAUGUUAAUACUGGCAAUGCAAAUGGCAACAACAAACCUGAAACAAAUAUAGACACAACUAGUUCCACUAAUGCAGAAUCACCAAAGAAGCAAAUUGUAUGGGCUAUUUUCACAGCUACAAAUACCGAGGUAAAAUAUAUUCUACGGAAUACUAUGUCCAAUUAUGAGCUUUUGAGGGAAAAAGAAUGGGCUGUGGGUAGGAUCACUGCUCUAGAAAAAAAUAUAGUAAUGGAGGGGGCUAGGAACCCUUUCAAAUUCCCUCAGAAUACAGUUUGGUUCGAAGUGGACGCAUUGUUUAAUCUCAGUUAG